AUGAGCCACGCUCAGCACAUCGCUGAGCGACACCUGUACGGUAGGCGAGACGAGUGGGUGUCGUGCCCGAUCUGCGCCGACGAGCUGCACAUCGCAGACCUCCUUCAACACCUUCUCUCAUCACACGGCCUCCACUACGGGCAACAGCGAAGCCCGGCCAUCGAGCAUGACUGGCCGAAAUUGCCGACUCCGUCUGGACAAGCUCAGAGGCAGCGACGCGAUGAAUGGAUCGACUGGGUGCAGUCGCUUCUGAAUCCCGCAUCUUCUGCUCCCCCUGCCGCCGCCGCCACGAUGGAAGAGGACGGUCGCGCUCCCUCCAAAGAGAUGACGAGAAGGCGCAAUGGGCGCAGUUCGACGACACGAAAAAGCAAGGAGGUCUAUGGGCAGAACGCAUGCCCAUAUUGCCUCCUAGAGGGCAAUACCAAGACGUACGCAGCUCAGCAGGGCUCGGCACACCUAGCAUCUCAUCUGUUUGAGAUCAGGGAGAAGAAGCCAGCUUGUCCGGUGUGCAGCGAGACGGUGUCCAUCGUGGGCCUCUUUGCGCAUCUCGAGGGACAUGGUUUCGCCCUGUCCGGCAGUGCCACGGACAAAACAAACGGCAAGACCAAGAAGGUAUACUCUGGUUCCUCGGGCGACACGCGCGCAAAGAAGGAAUCCAUGGCUUGGGUCAGCAAUGGUUGCCCCGAGGACACCCUCUCCCCCCCUCAGGCGAAGAAGAGAAAGGUGGCCGCAGGCCCCUCUCACUCGGUCGCCUCCUCCGCUCGCCCCGCCGCCGCAGGCCCCUCUGGAUGCGCCGCCUCCCUCGCUCGUUCUGCCACCGCAGGCCCGACUGCUCAUACGAAUACUGCUUUGCGACCGCUUUCUGCUUGUCGCGGAGGCCGUCCGCAGCCGAACUACCGACUGUCAUCGGCGAGCGACGACUCGGAGUGA